AUGGCGCAAUUUCUGGCUGUUGGACCCCGGCUGGUAUUGCGUUUUCAGCAGAGCAGCCAAUGGGAGCGCGAGAAUCGAGCAUAUAUUACGCCAGCAGGCGGUGGAGGGUGGCAGUACCUCAAAUAUUCCAAAAUGUCCAAGUUCGGAGUCCUGGUAAUGGGCCCUGCUGGUGCCGGCAAGACGACAUUCUGCAAUGCCAUCAUCCAACACCUUCAAAACACCCGUCGCAGCUGUUUCUACGUCAACCUGGACCCCGCCGCCGAAACAUUUCAAUACGACCCGGACCUCGACAUCCGCGAACUGAUCACCCUCGAAGAUGUAAUGGAAGAACUCGAGCUGGGGCCCAACGGCGGCCUCAUAUACUGUUUUGAAUUUCUGAUGCAAAACUUGGAUUUCCUGACCGAAGCCCUGGAACCGUUGAGCGAGGAAUAUCUGAUCAUUUUUGAUAUGCCCGGCCAGAUCGAGCUGUAUACGCACAUCCCGCUCUUGCCGACGUUGACCAACUUCCUCAGUCGCCAAGGUCCCCUGAAUAUCUCGCUGUGUGCCGCGUAUCUGCUCGAGAGUACCUUUGUCAUUGAUAAGGCCAAGUUUUUUGCAGGCACGUUGAGCGCAAUGUCGGCGAUGAUCCUGUUGGAGAUGCCCCACAUCAACAUAUUGAGCAAGAUGGAUCAAGUCAAAGACAUGGUUGGGCGCCGCAGGUUAAAACGAUUUGUCAAUGUUGAUGUACAAUUAUUAGACGAAGAUGACGAUGGGAAAGCGGCGAAAGAGGACGACAAAGAAGAACGCGAACACGGAUUGGAUUUGCAAGCUGACCCCUCGUCGAAAGAUGCAUUGAUGAGUGGAGGGUCAUUUAACCGUCUGAAUAGAGCUGUCGGGCAACUGAUUGAUGAUUUCAGUAUGGUUUCGUUUUUGCAGUUGGAUGUCUCGGACGAGGAUAGCGUGGGUGCUAUUCUGAGUUAUAUCGAUGAUGCUAUUCAGUACCAUGAAGCGCAGGAGCCGCGAGAGCCGAACGAUGCACAAGAGGUUGAUUGGGAAGAUGCGGAUGAUUGAGUCAGAUGUUGAUGAUCAAUACGAACACCAUCACAGCCAGAGAGGCAAACAUCAAUGCCUCCAGGUUGGAGACCGAUACUGGAGUCGAGCUCAACCGGCGUCGCUUUCCACGCUCACAGUCUAAAGAUCUGAAAAGACACAAGACAUCAGGACGGCGUACAGCCCCCAACCCAGCGCCAUAUAUUCACGACUUACGAUUAUUCAUUUUGCUAACCCAGCAAUUCCUGCAUAAUCAGGGAUGUAUCUAUAACGGCAUAGAAUAAUACAA